GAUUUCUAUAGACAAUUCGACAUACGAAAUUAUUGAUGAGAGAAGUGCGAAAGUUCAAAUUAGAUUUAUCCGAGAAACAGGAGCAAGAAGUGGAUGUAGAUUUGGAUGCACAGUUUGACGAUAUCGGAAACGAGGCACCAGUGGCAGUGAAUGUAACACCAGAAGUUGUUUCCCCCAAUGCUCUGCAGAAAAGUAAACAAAAAAGUGAAGGAUGUAAAGGGGCUAGGAAAGAAGAAUCAACACAAAGUAGUUUGAAGAAGCAGAGAAUGCCGAGAAAAAGCAUGCAUAGCCAACUAGUCUCGAGAAUUACAAAAGAUUUGCAAGAGAAGAAGCAAUGGGAACAACCCAUCGGAGGCAAGCAAGUAUCGUUUUAGUGUCACAUUAUCAUCUAAAGGCGACUAAGGGAAGGAAAUAACGAUAGGAGUACUCGGAUAAUGCUCCACAAAUGCCAUAACACAAAUACCAACGUAGAAGUGUCGGG